AAACCAAGAGGAAUUUUCUGGACAAGAGCACAACAAAAGGAAACUUUGCAAACGACAAAUAGAAAAGUGUUUUGCGCAUCUGUCAACCCAAUAAUUCAGAAUCUCUAUAGAAAAUCCAAAAACAUAAGUACAGAAAGCAAAAGAUUAAGCAAGAAGAGCGAAUCGCUCCUCCUAUGAUACUUGUCGAUUGAGUCAUAUCUCGGUAAAUCGUAGAACUAUCAAUACAACUAGUACUACUACUACUACUACUACCAACCACCAAGCAACCACAACCGUUCACAACCACCAACCACUCUACUUCUCGUACUCUGCCUAUAACAACUAUCGACACUAAGCCAUACACGGUGUGGGGCUUUCUGUACCGCUGUGCCGCGGCAGCCCCUGUAGCUACCAUGGGCGCCAACGUCUCGCAGCUGGAGCGCGAAAUUGGCUCCGAUCUGUUUCCGCCGAAUGAGCAUUACUUUGGGCUGGUUAACUUUGGGAACACGUGCUACAGCAACUCGGUGCUACAGGCCCUCUACUUCUGCAAGCCCUUUCGCGAGAAAGUGCUCGAAUACAAGGCCAAGAACAAGCGGCCCAAAGAGACGCUGUUGUCGUGCCUCGCCGAUCUCUUCUACAGCAUUGCCACGCAAAAGAAGAAAGUUGGCUCAAUCGCGCCCAAGAAGUUCAUAACGCGAUUACGAAAAGAGAAGGAGGAGUUUGACAAUUACAUGCAACAGGAUGCCCACGAAUUUCUCAACUUUCUGAUCAAUCACAUCAAUGAGAUCAUACUGGCCGAGCGUACAGGAAAGGCGGCAAAUGGCGGAACAGCAGCUGCAGCAGGAAAUAGCAGCAAUACCAACGCUGCCACCACAACGAAAUCCAAUUCGAAUUCCAAUUCAUCGCAUUCAACAUCAACCUCGACCUCGAAUUCGACAGCCACCAAUGGAAAUUGCAGCAACUCGACCGGCUCAUUGAGUGCCACCACAAGUGUCCUCGAUGGCAAUGGCAGCCUUACAGCCACAACCACGCCAAUAACCCAAACUAAUGGCGCUAACACAGAACCGACCUGGGUGCAUGAGAUCUUCCAGGGAAUUCUGACAUCGGAGACACGUUGCCUCAACUGUGAGACUGUGAGCAGCAAGGAUGAGAACUUCUUUGAUCUACAGGUGGAUGUGGAUCAGAAUACCUCGAUUACGCAUUGCUUGCGUUGCUUCAGCAACACUGAGACGCUCUGUUCGGACAACAAAUUCAAGUGUGACAAUUGUUGCAGCUACCAGGAGGCACAGAAGCGCAUGCGCGUGAAGAAGUUGCCCAUGAUCUUGGCCCUGCAUUUGAAGCGAUUCAAGUAUAUGGAGCAAUUCAAUCGUCACAUCAAGGUGUCGCAUCGCGUUGUCUUUCCGUUGGAAUUGCGGCUCUUUAACACCUCCGAUGAUGCCGUGAAUCCGGAUCGUCUGUAUGAUCUGACCGCCGUAGUUAUUCACUGUGGAUCGGGACCGAAUCGCGGUCAUUAUAUUAGCAUUGUAAAGAGCCAUGGACUGUGGCUGCUGUUCGAUGAUGAUAUGGUCGAUAAAAUUGAGGCAUCGACCAUCGAGGAUUUCUAUGGCCUUACCUCGGACAUACACAAGUCAUCGGAGACGGGCUAUAUACUGUUUUAUCAGUCGCGCGAUUGCGCCGCAUAGAAAGGAAUCUUUUGCUCCCCAUAGGUUUUUAAUUUUUAAAGAUUUUUUUAUAAGUUCUCAAUAUUGUUUGUCAUGUUUCCUAUACAAUUUAACGCAAAAAAUGUUAUGUUAAGCUAAUCAUUUUACGACUAUUACUAUUCAAUAAUAAAUAACGACUAUGAGAAAA